UUGUGUGUGUGUGUGAGAGAGAGAGUAUGUGUGUGAGUGGGAGCAGAGACUCUGCAGUGUCUUGGCAGCUGCAGUAGUGCAUCUCCCACCACCAUCCGCGAUGCCUUCACGGAUGCUGCCCGCCUCCUCCUCCUUCACCUGAGCGCACAGACCGAUAUGAAGUCUUCGGGAAACUGAUCAGCCGUAGACACCUUCUCGCUCAUUGUGUCGAUUUGCAUCCCAUCGCUUCUCUCUCCCUCUUCCAACACCCCCAGGAGACGAUCAGGAGCCCCUCAUCCAGGCACCCAGAGCAAGCUGGCGAGAAUUAUUAUUAUUAUAUGAAUGGAAAAUGGCGAAAGAAAAAAGAUCUCGCAGCGUCUCUUGCUUAAUAUCAGUAGAAAUUCUCCUGAUUUUCUGCGCUUCGUGGCCUGGAGCAGAGGGUCUUACAUUUCCACAGCAAUACACGAUAAUGCACUGGGCCAGGAGGAUCGAGCAGGAGAUUGACAGAGUCUUUCAGCACAUCACUGGGGCUCAGCAGCUAAAAGGGAUAUAUAAUGAAGAAAGGCGACAGUUCAGUCUGGUGAAGAAUCAACCUCGAAGGAUUGUGGAAAAGGUGGCUUUGGAUAUAGAAAAACUGCUGGCAAAGAAGCGCAAAGCACUCGAUCGUUUAGCGAGUGAAGCAGAACGACUCCAACGGGAACAUAUAUGGCAAGAUGGACUCAAGGAGCUUGACAUGGCCUACUAUGACUCCAAAGCUGAUUUGGAAUAUUAUUCCAUGGAUGGAGAGGCAGAGGUGGAAAACCCCUCCCAACUCAAGCUUGACUUUGUGUAUGAUCCAAACUUCAAAAAUAAUGUCAACUUCUCGCACACAGCAGUUCAGAUUCCAACAGAUAUUUACAAAGGAGCUCCAGACAUCCUGAAUGAGCUGAACUGGACUCAGGCCCUGGAGAGAGUCUUUAUGGAGAACAGCAGGGAAGAUCCGUCACUACUGUGGCAGGCGUUUGGGAGUGCAACGGGAGUCACUCGCUACUAUCCAGCUACUCCCUGGAAAGCACCUGAUAAAAUCGACUUGUAUGAUGUCCGGAGAAGACCAUGGUACAUUCAAGGUGCCUCAUCUCCCAAAGACAUGGUCAUCCUUGUUGAUGUGAGUGGCAGCGUCAGUGGACUAACGCUGAAGCUGAUCAAGGCGUCUGUGAUGGAAAUGCUGGACACUUUAUCUGAUGACGACUACGUUAAUGUAGCCAGGUUUAAUGAGAAGGCUGAGGCUGUGGUCCCUUGCUUUAAACAUCUCGUCCAGGCUAACGUGAAAAACAAAAAGAUUUUUAAGGAGGCGGUGCAGCAGAUGCAGGCUAAAGGCACCACUGACUACAAGUCUGGCUUUCAUUUUGCCUUCAACCAGCUUCUUAAUAAGACAAAUGUUCCGCGGGCUAACUGCAAUAAAAUAAUUAUGCUAUUCACUGAUGGAGGGGAGGAUAGAGCUCAGGAUGUCUUCCUGCAAUACAACUGGCCCAACAAAACAGUACGAGUUUUUACCUUUUCUGUGGGUCAACAUAAUUAUGAUGUGACGCCUUUACAGUGGAUUGCUUGUACUAAUAAAGGUUACUAUUUUGAGAUCCGUUCCAUCUGUGCUAUACGGAUUAAUACCCAGGAAUACCUGGAUGUGCUGGGGCGUCCAAUGGUUCUGGCAGGCAGUGUGGCCAAGCAAGUUCAAUGGACCAACGUGUAUCAAGAUGCUCUGGGACUUGGCCUGGUAGUAACAGGGACUUUGCCUGUUUUUAAUCUCACUAUGAAUGGAAAUUCACAGAAUCAGCUGAUAUUAGGCGUCAUGGGAGUGGAUGUACAUUUAGAUGAGAUAAAGCGACUGACGCCACGCUAUAAUCUUGGAGCCAAUGGCUACAUUUUUGCCAUCGAUCCGAAUGGAUAUUUGCUCCUUCAUCCUAAUCUUCAGCCAAAGCCUGUUAACCUUCCUGAACCUGUGACCCUGGAUUUCCUGGAUGCAGAGGUAGAAGACGCUAAUAAAGAGGAGAUUCGGCGGCAGAUGAUUGAUGGAGGAACAGGGGAGAUGCAGAUAAAAACUCUAAUUAAGUCUGUUGAUAAACAAUACAUCGAUGAGGCAUACAGAGGGUACACCUGGACUCCUAUCAAUGGCACUGAUUAUAGCCUUGGCCUGGUAUUACCUCCCUACAAUGAGUAUUACAUCCAGGCAGACCUUAGUGAUGUGAUGCUGCAGCUCCAGUACAUGCAGUCGUUGCUGCCGAGCUCCUUUGAAUCCUCGGGGCAUGUUUUCCUGGCUCCAAGGGAAUAUUGCAAAAAUCUGCAGCUUUCUGAUAACAACACACAGUUCCUGCAGAACUUCCUCACUCUUAUGCUGGAGAACUCCCCAGAGUCUGAUGAAUGUGACCAAGGCCUCAUCCACAACCUUAUUCUGGACUCUAGGAUUAUUGGUCAGCUUGCUUCUCGUGUUUGGAGGAACAAAGAUCUAAAUGCGUAUGGCUUCCUGGCUGUCUUUGCAUCCACAGAUGGGGGAAUAACACGAGUUUUCCCCAACAUAGCUGCGGAGUUGUGGGAUGUGGAUCCAGAACCAUUUAAUUCAGAUUACUACAGACGAAGCCUGGAUAACAAAGGCUACAUGUUCAGACCUUCAAUGAGAGCAUCAGAUGAUGACCCUUUUGAAGCUGAAAAUGGCACCACAGGAAUCCUGGUUAGCUCAGCUGUCGAGGUCAAUUUAGGGGGGAAACUGCUCAAACCCUCUGUAGUUGGAGUGAAGCUGGACCUGGAGGCGUGGGUGGACAAGUUUAAAAUCCUGGCCAGCAAUGUGUCUGAUAACCGACAGGGGUCACACAAGUGUGGACCAUCCAGAAGCUGUGAGAUGGACUGUGAAGUGAACACAGACGACUUGCAAUGCUAUCUUAUCGAUGAUGGGGGCUUCCUUGUCAUGUCCAAUCAGAGAGAUCACUGGAAGCAGAUUGGUCGCUUCUUCGGUGAUGUGGACCCUUUCCUGAUGUAUGCACUUUACAACAACUCCAUCUUUGCUCGCCGACAGUCUUUUCAGUACCAGUCAGCAUGUGAAAUGGUUAGCAGGAGUCAUACCGGAGCAGCGGCAAGAAGCAUAUAUGUGCCGUCCAUAACUGACGUCUUAAGCCUGGCAUGGUGGACGUCCACGCUGGCAUGGUCAGUGAUUCAGCAACUUUUGUAUGGACUUGUCUACAGUAGCUGGCUCUACCAAGAUGAUGCCUUUGUUGAUGGAUUUGAGACCAAACAAAGCAGCUGUGUUACCAUCCAAAGCCAGUUCUACUUCACAAACACCACCAACUCCUACAAUGUCCUGCAGGACUGCGGAAACUGCUCGCGGCUGUUCCACUCAAAGCGUAUAGAAAACACCAACCUGCUCUUUGUGGUGGCUGAGACGCUGCCCUGUAGCUCCUGUGAGAUUGAGAGACUGUCCCAGAUAAAGAGGGAGUUUCAGGAGGAAAAUCCAUGUGACCUACUGAGUAAUGCACGAUAUCGUAAAGGCCCAACCUCCUGCUUUGACUACAGUGCCUUAGAAAACACAUCAGAGUGUGGACGAGGUUCUUCACUGCAGUCCUCUAUAGGAACCCUUCUGUUCAUUCAGCUCAUUCUGCCCCUCUUCCAUCUCUCACACAUCCACACACACUGACAUGCUCCUUCUCCUCACAUUUAGGCUUGGAUCUACACAAGGUCAUAUCAAAAACCAACUGUGACGUUAUUUGUCUUUUAUUUCCACCAACUACUCAUAGGAUCAGCUCCUGGUAUUUUGUUAUGCCUUAUUAUACAUUUGGUUAGGCUUUUUGAAAGCUUCAGUGUAAAAUAUGGGAAGAGGAAUGUAAUGAGGUUGCAUGCAGCACAACCUGAUAAGAUCAUAAGGUUUUAUUUUUAUCUUCCACAUUUCACAGCUAAAGAAAGGUUGCUAAGGCAGUUAAUAAGAAUAAAAGUGAAGAACAAUUCAUUAAAAAGGUGAUGUUUUUUUCAAAAAUGUCAGUUAUUUGAGAUCAUAAAAGUUGCAAAAGCACAUUUACUGUUAUUGGGGAAAGUUCUGCAUUCCAACUUUGUACUGUACUUUAGGAGUGUUGCAGCAUUUGUGUCUUAUGCAUGUUUUUACAGAAAGUGAUCUAAGGCAUUUCUCUUCCAUGAGGCCUCUAAAUGUAAAUGUUAUAGAGUCGGGUGCUGUAUGAGACAUCCAACUCUUUUUUUUGUCAGACACGUCUUGUGUUGUCCUUAAAUGACACCUGCAGCAUUUAGUUUCAAAACUAAAUCAGUUAUAUAACUGACCACUCUCCUGUGAAGACGGUGUAAACUUAAAGUGUACAGUUUGAAAUAUGUUUGAGCAAAUAGUCCUAUUUGGAAACUUCAUUUCUGCUGUUGAACAGUGCAGAAGUUGGGAAAUUUGUAAACUGCAUGCUGGUUUUUCUUCACAAAAA